AUGUCCAGCAUCGACGCAAAAUCCCUCAAAGUAGCAGAGCUCAAGGAAGAGCUCUCCAAGAGGGGCCUCGACGCCAAAGGUCUCAAGAAAGAUCUCGUCGAAAGACUACAGAACGCUAUAGAAGAAGAAUUGAACCCCAAGCCCUCAACACCUCCUAUCGAAGAUCCCACAGACGAGAACGUCAAGGAACCUACUGAGGAUCCCAAAAAGCAGGCUGAAGCGACUUCUCGUCCAGCGACUCCUCCUGCCCCAGAGGUUCAAGAUGCUAGGCCCUCAACACCUCCUAUCGAGCACGUGCCAGUGGCGGUUGAGGGGGUAGGAAGUGUGAUGGUGGAUGGCUACCCCGAAUCUGUGCAAGAACCCGAAACGGCGCAGAACGGUGCAGAAUCUGCUCGCGUCCCUACGCCUCCCCUCGACACUGAAGCCGAGCAGCAGGUACUGGAUACCGAGCCCAAGAUCUUCGAUUCAGAAGUGGCAGAGGUGAUUGCCAGGGAGGAGGAAAAGGAGCGGGAAGCUGCUGCUGCUGCUUUGACACCGGACUUGCCUCCAAAGAGCUUGUCGCCUUUACCGCCCUCGGAGGAGAAGGCGCUGGAAAGGGAGAGAGAGUCAAAGGCGGAGCAUGGCAUGGAAGUGGACGAGGACAAGCAGGAAAAGAAAGAAGAGGGGGAUGAGAUGCAAAUCGACCGACCGCUAUCUCCGGCUGCACCACCCACGAAACGAUCAUUGUCCCCUUCUUCCCCACCCCGACCCAUCAAGAAAUCCCGCGCUUCACCCUCUCCUCCCCCUGCUCCCCAAGCCACUUCUUCAGCAUCCACUCCCGCCCCUCUAGCCCCGACUGCUUCUGGUGAACACCCACCCACCACAGUCUUGUACAUUACGAAUCUCAAACGCCCCAUCCCUUUCCCUGGUCUUCACGAGCUCCUGUACGACGACUCUCCUCCUUCAUCACACCCCUCGUCUCUCCCUCCUCUGAGAAAACCUUUCGCGGAUGAAGACACGCCUGGUAUCUGGGUUUCCGGUGUCAAAGAUCACGCCUAUGCCGUCUUUCCUUCAUCCGAAGCAGCCGCCGCUACUGCUUCCAGGAUCAACGGCAUCAAGUGGCCCGAAGAGACCGGCGGUAAUCUCUCUGUCGAAUACAUCCCCGAAGACAGGCUUCUUCAGCUGGUCGAGCGAGAGGAAAAGGCAUGGACCAAUGGCAGGCAAAAGCUCGUGUUGAAGGUCGUCCGAGAUGGAGAAGGAUUCGACUAUGUCUUUGAGGGUCAAGGGAAGCUGGGGAGGGUACCGUCGCGCGGCGCUCCUGUGCCCUCUGGUCCUCAGGCCCGGGGUCCCCCAGGGUUCCCAACCGGACCGAGGAACGCCUUUGGCGCGAAUACGCCGCCUCUUGCCCCAGGACAGAGAGGUCCCCCUCGAGCUGUACCCUUGACAGGUGUGAAUGCCAUCGGCGUCAAUGGCCCUGGGGCCGCAGGUGGUAUACCGCCUUGUCCAGGGCGAGGAGGUUUCGGUGCAAGAGGAAGAGGUGGUUUCCCAGUGCAAGGUGGCCGGCCGUGGGGACCGGGGGCGAAUGGUCCUGGGCCUCAUGGUGGACCUGGUUAUGGCCCGAGGAGGGAUGGUGGCGCGCCGGGAUUACAGCAGGGCGAGAGGAUGAGGCCGACAAGGACGCAGCCGAGAUUGUUCUGGAAAAAGGGACCUGGGGCUGUCGAUGGGCCAUGA